GCUCGCGGUCUCACAGGGCUGAUCGCCGACACAGUCUGUAUCAACGGGAGCAUCUUUCCUCCCCCACCCCCCCAAAAAAAAACUUCUGCGAUCGAGGCGCGCGGGAAGGGAGCGUUUAUUGAUGAAAAGGAAAUUCAAAGUAAGGUGGGUGGAGAAAAAGGAGAGGAUGACUAAUAAGUCUUUUUUCAAUUCAGCUCCGCCGACAGCCGACGAGGAACUCGUCAUCACCUCUACUUUUGGGACCCUCCUGUCCGUCGUGUACGUUGUCGGGGUGUCCGGCAACGUGUACACGUUAGUGGUGAUGUGUCACUCCAUCCGCUUCGCAACGUCCAUGUACAUCUCCAUCAUCAACCUGGCUCUGGCGGACUUGCUCUACCUGUCCACGAUCCCGUUCGUGGUGUCCACUUACUUUUUGAAGGACUGGUACUUCGGCGACGUGGGCUGCCGCGUCCUGCUCAGCCUCGACCUCCUCACCAUGCACGCCAGCAUCUUCACCCUCACCGUCAUGUGCUCCGAGCGCUACCUGGCCGUCACUAAACCGCUGGACACUGCGCGCCGCUCCAAGAGUUAUCGCAAGGCUCUGGCGUGGGGCGUGUGGCUUCUCUCCUCGCUCCUCACCGUACCCAUGAUGGUCAUGGUGGCCCAGACCAGCGUCAAAUCGCCGGACGGGAGCGUGAAGAGGAUGUGCGCGCCCACAUGGGCGCCCCUCGCCUACAAAGUCUACGUGACGGUUCUGUUCGGUACCAGCAUCAUGGCACCGGGUCUCAUUAUCGGUUACCUGUAUGUCAAGCUCGCGCGCACCUAUUUAGAGUCCCAGCGCAACUCGGUCAUCAGCAAAGGCGGGAAGCGCUCGCCGAAACAAAAGGUUCUCCUGAUGAUCUUCACCAUCGUCUUGGUGUUCUGGGCGUGUUUCCUGCCCUUUUGGAUCUGGCAGCUGCUGCCGUUGUACCACAGCAAGCCGCUGAGCCUGGCCUCCAGGACGCACACCUGCAUCAACUACCUGGUGGCCAGUCUCACCUACAGCAACAGUUGCAUUAACCCGUUCCUCUACACGCUCCUCACCAAGAACUACAGGGAGUACCUGAAGAACAGACACAAGAGCUUCUACAGGUACACGUCAUCGUUUAAGCGGCGGCCACCCAGCUUGUAUUCGUGCGGCAAGGCCGCGUCCUCCAGCAACCAGUUCGAGUUCACGUCUGAGACGCUCGUCAUGGGAACGUUCAAGUGAUGCGGAGGGCCGCUUGGAAAUGAAGUGGAGGCUUUUCAGGAAGCGCAAAGAGGGCUUGACUGAGACGGAUGACCGUGAUGCCCCCCCCCCUCCCCCCCAACUACCCCCACACCCCACCCCAUCGCCCAUGGCUACCUCAAGGCAAAGCAGGGUCGGCGAUGGCUUGUGUCGGGUCGCACGUAAAGGACACCGUGAUGGCGUAUCGGGUACCCCAAGUCACCUUCUCCACACGGUGGAGGUUCUCAGAGCCGGAGGAAAAAUAAGACACUCGACCUGGGGCAAGGCGAAUGAUGGGCGGGUGGGAGGGGAGAAAGAUAGAGAGAGAAAAAUACAAUGGGGUAAAAAUAUUUUUAAAUUUGACAGUUUAGGUUAAUGGCUUUAUUAUUAUUAUGAUUUUUUUUUUUAAUGGAUGCAGCGGGGAUAUUCGUAACCAUAUUCAAAAUCGAACAGAGGCUACGCCGCCGUUUGAAUUGGGACCAAUCUCGGGUUCACAAAAUAUCAAAAGUGGAUGGAAAUAGAUGGGAUUGACGCUUUUAACACACAC